UAUUCCAAUUGUUUUGAUUGGUGUAGGUCUUUUUAACCUGUCACGUACCGUUAUCCAUUCACUGCUGCCUCACAUCGUCAGAAGCACCGUCUGCUAUGUUCUUGUGUUGUUAAAAUAAAUGACAAUAUGGCAUACCAAGAGGAAAUUUACGAAGCUAUAAAAAACAACGAUGAUGCAAAGAUGGAGGAGUUGUUAAAUAGAUGGUUGAGAUCCUGCAUCAACAAAAAGUUGAAGAUACAAACAGAGCAGUAUAUGGGUGUGAUGUCCGCACUCUGUCUGGCUGUCAUUGAGGGAGACCCAGUUGACACAACCAUCAUACAACUGCUGCUUAAAAAUGGAGCUAAUCCUCAGAAACGGAGAGACUGGCGUAUUCCUAGUAUCCUCCCCACUCUGACUGAGUUCUUAUCUCCUAUGUCCAUGGCCAUCAAGGAACAGAAUAUCUCUGUGCUCAAACUGCUUCUUGAGGCAGGUGCAAGUGCAAAUGAAACUUCUCCAGGACUGAAAGUUCAAGAAGAGGAAGGGGGUUCAAUGCUGUACCGUGACACACAAGAAACAUGUCUACAUCGGGCUGUGCUCAUGAAGAAUCCUGCAAUGGUGGAACUGCUCAUCACAAAGGGUGCAGAUGUCAAUGCCUUAAAUAGGGAUGACCAGACUCCUCUACAUUGUUGUGGGCAUCGGUACCACCCGCAGGUGUUUCGGUAUCUCCUGUGUGGCGGUGCUAUGGCCUCCAAUGUGGACCAAGAGGGACAAAGUGUGCUGGGCCUCCUGCUCAAACCACAGCAGUGUGAUGAUGGUGUAGAGGUCUGGACCAGCAGUGAAAUCCAAGACAGGAUUGAGAGUGUUCACCUGCUUCUGUCAGCAGGCUAUCACCUUCAAAGAGAUGUUCAUGUGAGAAAUGUUGUGGGUGAAACAACCUUAAACCAAAACAUCAAUGGGAUUUGUCAAGAUAAACUGUUUAUGGUAUUUAUAAACAACAGACUUGCCAAUCCUCCAUCUCUUGACUUUUUGUGUUGUAUUGCAAUCAGACAGUUUUUGAGGUACAAUUGUCAUUUAUCUGUUGUUGAUUCUCUGCCAUUGCCACAAAAGUUGAAAGACUAUAUUUUGCUCAAGACAUAUUGGAAGUAAUAUGUUUGGUGGUAACAAAUAGUAUUGGAAAUAUUUGGUGGAUGCAAAUGGUAUUGGAAAUAUUUGGUGGAUGCAAAUAGUCCUGGAAGAGAUGUCUUUGGUGGUCAUGUUGUUCCAUGACCAUGUUGCCGAGCUUCCUGUUCAUGUUUGUCAAAAACCUUUGAACACAUUAGAUUUGCUCCUUAAAAAUAAAGGCUGGCCAAGCUGUUUGUUUUGGAUACCACGCACUGUUUAAACAUCUCCGGGAUAUCACAUCAAAGUAUCAUUUAUAGCCCAGAGGAUUUUUUUAUAAAAAAAUUGAUUACUCAUAUCUUGGGUCAAGUCACCCAAAGGUCAUAGCCCCCUUGGAAAUCCAUUUAAUGAACAGGUUGCGAGGAAUUUCAGCCACUCUUUGUUUUAUUAUCCGUCCGCCACAUUUCGUUUCCGGAGCAGAUCUUGAAAACCGUACCAUAUUUCUUCACCAUACUUGGCACAUAGAUGGGUCUAGUGGUGAACUGGUGCCUUUUGAUAGUUUGGGAUUUUAAAAAAAGUUA